CUGAGUGUGAACAUGGCUUCCAGACAGCAGGAGGAGAGUUUGGCCGAGGAGGCAAUUUGUCCCAUUUGUCUUGAUUUCUUCACCGAACCGGUUCUACUGGAGUGUGGACACAACUUCUGCCGCUCCUGUAUCACCCAGUGUUGGGAAGAGAAGGAGACAAACUCCUGUCCGGAAUGUAGAGAAGAUUUUCCAGAAAGAAACAUCAGGAUAAAUCGGGCCUUAGCGAAUUUGGCUGAGAAAGCUCGAAAAAUGAAGGUGAACCUGAGAGCGAAGGAAAGUAAACUUCACUGUGAGGAACAUGAGGAAGAACUGAAGCUGUUUUGUGAAACUGACAAGGAAUUGAUCUGUCUGAUUUGUAGAGAUUCGCGGGAACACAGAGAGCACCGCUUCAUGCCGAUUAAAGAAGCUGUUGGAAUGUACAAGGAGGAACUGCAAAACUUACUGAAGCUGAUCCUGGACAAGAAGAAGGAAUGUGAUGCUGUAAAAAGUGAUAAUGAGAAAACAUUAACCCACAUUCAGGACCAAAGUGUAAAGACAGAGAAACAGAUUACAGCCGAAUUUGAAAAACUGCACCAGUUUCUCCAUGAGGAAGAGAGAAUUGUGUUGGAAGAUCUGAACCUGGAGAAAAAGAAAAAGAGUCAGGAGAUGAAGGAGAGGAUUGAGAAGAUAACAGAGGAAAUCUCAUCGCUUUCAGUCACUGUUCAGGAUAUUGAACAAGAGCUGAGUGAACAGGACAACAUCAAGUUUUUAUCGAAAAUUCAAGAUCUACAGAAAAGAGUGAAGGGAACUCUCCCAGAGCCACAGAAGGUUUAUCCUUUAAUAAAUAUGGGGAAGUACAUUGGGCCACUGCAGUACAGAGUGUGGAAAAAGAUGCUUACUGUGAUUAAUACAGAAACAUCAUUGACGGUAUCGCUAAGGUGGUGGGAUGUUGUGCCUCCAUCUCGUGACUUUGCUCCAGUGACCUUCGACCCUAAUACAGCCCAUCCUGAACUUCUCCUGUCUGAGGACCUGAGGAACGUGAGAGACACCGGGAAACGGCAGCAGCUUCCCGACAAUCCGGAGAGAUUCGAUCCCUAUCUCGAUGUCCUGGGAUCAGAGGGAUUCACAUCAGGGAAACAUUCCUGGGAGGUGGAGGUGGGGAACAAGACUGAAUGGACUGUGGGUGUGGCCAAGGAAUCCAUCAAUAGGAAGGGGGAAACCUACCUGAAUCCAGGUGACGGAUACUGGACAACGUUCCUGAGAGAGGGGAAUAAAUACUGGGCUGGUGAGGAAUCAUGGAAACUCUUAGAGCUGAGUGUGAAACCGAGGAAGAUUCGAGUCUGUCUGGAUUAUGAGGGAGGGAAGGUGUCCUUUUAUAACUCAGAUAACAAGUCCCAUAUCUACACUUUCACUGCUACAUUCACUGAGAAACUCUAUCCUUACUUCAGUCCAGAAAACACUGAUGGGGGUGAAAACACAGAACCACUGAAAAUCUGUCCCCGGACAGUAACAAUCCAGGAGGAUGAGGGUUUUAUCCCUUCAUCCAAAUAAAGACUGUUUCUUGUAUGUGGGUGGGGGAGGGGGGUUUGUUCCUCUGUAGAUGAGGGGUUGGUGUCCUUCACGGAUCCUGCCUCCCUCCCAUUAUCACACACUGUCAGCGGGGGACGUCCAUUCCUCAGGAGCCACGGGCUGAUAUCCCCAGGACCUGCUCGACCUGGUCGAGGAUUCAAUUAAAAAGGCCCCACACACUGGGUCACUGUGUGAGGGAGGGGAAGGCCCCACUCACUGGGUCACUGGGCGGUGGUGGGGGAGGGGAAGGCCCCACAUGCUGGGUCACUGGGUGUAGGAGGGGAAGGUCCCACUCACUGGGUCACUGUGUGGGGGAGGGGAAGGUCCCACUCACUGGGUCACUUUGUGGGGGAGGGGAAAGUCCCACUCACUGGGUCACUGGGCAGUGGUGGGGGAGGAGAAGGCCCCACACACUGUGUCACUGGGCAUUGGGGGGAGAAGGCCCCACACA